AUGGCGGAUAUUAUUGAUUCAUGUUGUGUAAAUAUACAAAUGACAAAAACUGAUAAAAAUAAUAAUACAACAGCUCCUAUUGAUGAUGGAAUUAGUUUACCGUCUGAACAGUGUGAUGUUUUACAGAAUGGAACUAAUGAUAAAUCCGACAAUACGGAUUAUACCGAUAAUCAUCGUCUUUCAACAAACGAUGAUAAUACAACAAAUGUUGUUUCAUCAUCUACUGAUGAAAAUGAUAAAUCAAUAAAUAUCGAAUUAUCUAAUGAUACAAUAAAUCCAUAUAAAGAUUUUUCUGGUAUUGAUACUGAAUCUUUUAUAACAGCAACAUUACGUAAUAAUCCCAAAGAUCGAACAUUAUUAUUAAGUCUUGAAAAAGUUUUUCAACAAUUUAUUCAAAAUGAAGAACAAACAAUACAUCAAUUUCAAGCAAUGAAUUCUUAUGAACGAAUGAUUGUUCAUCGUGUAGCUGCUUUUUAUGGUCUUGAUCAUAAUGUUGAUAAAAAUGGACAAUCGAUCAUUGUUACUAAAACACCAAAUACUCGAAUUCCUAAUUUUUCAUUUCAAAAUUUUAUUCCCAAUGAUGAAUCAUCUAAUGGUGCUAUAACAACAUCAAAUUCAUCAAUUGAAAAUACAACACGUCGUAUAACACGUCGAAAUGAAAAAAAUCCUAAUCAAAAAACAUCUUUCGAACGUACUAAUCAUUAUAAUGAAACACGUGAUAGAAUAGCAAAUAAAUUAAAUCGAAAACAACAACGUUUUCAUACAAAUCAUCAUACACAACAAACAAAUAUUCAACCAUCAACUCAUAUAAUAAAUACAAGAACUCAACAAAUUUAUCCUGCAACAUUAAAUUCAUAUUAUCCACAACAACAGCAACAACAACAAUUAAUUGAUCAUCAUUUUAAACAACAAACACCUGGUUCACCUAUGUAUAAUUAUGUACCAAUGAUAUCUCCAACAACAUUUCAACAUGGAAAUAGUAUUCCAUUACCUAUAUUACUUCAUCAACAACCAACUGGUCAAAUUCAAUAUGUAUUUCCUACACAUAGUUUACAACAACCACAACCAUUAUCAUUUGAUGGACAAUAUUUACCUGUUUAUCGAUCCGAUGUUAUACCACCAGUUGUUGAUAAUAAUAAUCCUUAUUCUCAGCCACCUUUUGUUCAUUUAUAUCCAACACAUUCUUAUCCUCAAACACAACAAACAACAUUUAUUCAACCAGCUCCGUCUUUUAUGAUUCCACCUAACAAUUCAACAUCAAUUCAAUAUGCAACAAAUCAAUUAGCAACAUUAAGUUUACAAUCUCAAUACGAUAAUUCACGUUUUACACAAUCAAAUAAUAUAAUAAAACCUUUUGUUCAAUCAUCAACAAAUGGAUUAAAUCGAAUGCCUUUUUAUCAUCAAUAUCGUCAAAACCGUCCAUUAAAUACAAAUAAUGCUGAUAAACAAAUAACACCAAUCGAGAACGAUAUGAAAUCUACAAUGAAUAAUAAAUCUGAUCAGAUUUCAUUAUCUGAAUCAACACAUGAAAAAGAUUGA